AUGGCUUCUACUGGCAAUCUUAUUCUCAGGCUGGGCUUGAUAGCUGGCCUUUUUACUUCUACUUAUGCGACUUUUGUCGUCCAAUGUUACAGUCGUCUUGUCGACGACAUGCUAGACCACGUUGUCAAUCCAGGAAGCACUUCCGGACAUCUCCACGCCAUCUGCGGUGGAAAUGGAUUUGCCGGCUCCAUGACAUUCGAUCAGGCGCGCGCAUCCAGCUGCAGCAAUUGCAAUAUCAAAGAAGACUUGUCCAACUACUGGACACCGAAGUUGUUCUUCCGAGCUCAAAACAGUAGGAUGGCCAUCUACUAUCUUCAUCGACCUGGGCCUGAUAACGACCCUCUCAUUCCAUUUCCGCCUGGCUUCCGAAUGCUAGCGGGAGACAUGAACAAACGCACGCCAGGAAACGACUUUGCAAGCCUCGCAGUGCGCCACCGGUGCAUCGGUACCAAUCAAGAAAUAACCAAUCUUCCAUUGACGAAGUGCAAUGGAGGUGUCCGUACUCAAGUUGUUUUUCCGUCAUGCUGGGAUGGCAUUAAUUCGGACUCCACUGACCACAAGUCUCAUGUGGUGUAUCCAGUCGACGGAUACUUUGAUGGUGGACGAUGCCCGAAAUCUCAUCCAAAACACCUCAUAACCCUCUUCUAUGAGGUGUACUAUAGCAGUGACCUGUUCUCAGACCUGUGGACUGAAGAUGGCAAGACUCAGCCAUUUGUAUUCUCCAAUGGUGACACCACCGGCCAUGGUUUUCACGGCGAUUUUCUCAACGGCUGGAGCCCAGAGACUUUGGAGAAAGCUGUCAACAACUGCGUCGACGGCACACCGAAUUGCCCAGAGCAGACCUUCACCUUCUACGAGCAAGGCGACACGCAGAAAUGCAAAUUACAACAAGUAGUACAGGUCAACGCCGCUGGUGUACUUCAACAGCCUGCGAAUGGAUGCAAGCCAGGCUCUGGAGGCCCCAUUGCUGCUCCGACUCCCGCUAAACCAGGCACAUCUGUGCCUCCAAGCCUACCUCCGGCGAAUGUCCCGACUCCGGCUCCUUCGCAACUCCCAUCCACACUUGUCCCGGUUCCAAGCGGUCCGACCACGAGCCACUCUGUUCAAGAUGUGCCGUCUUCAAAGCCGAACAUCUCACUACCUUCAGGGGGUCUACCCGGCCCAGCGUCUCCGCCCGGUGAUUCCGGGAAAUACACAGACAUGUCAUCUGCCGGUUGGAGAUAUUUAGGCUGCUUCCCAGAUAGCUCCAACUCGCGCAUUCUCAGUGCAACGAUGCGUGGCAGCGCUGGCAUGACCGUUGAGAAGUGCCUGGCGAUCUGUACCGCAGACGGCUUCGGCGUUGCCGGCGUGAAGUGGAGCUCCGAAUACUGGUGCGGACCGAAGGUGCCCGUGAAGCGGACGUGCCGGGCUGUCUGUGAUUCGCAGUGCAAGGGAAGCAGAAAUCAGAUUUGUGGUGGAACUGGUGCGUUGGGAGUUUAUCAGAAGGUGGUGAAGGAGACGAGAAAGGUUGAGUGGGUUGCAUGA